GUAACAUCGUUGAAAAAUUCUAUUUAAAACUGCUGUAAUUCAAGUCAUUGUAUUAGGUGAAAGUGUCAUAUUAAUUUUCAUAUUCCUGUCUACAGAACUGAGUUAGAAUGAGAUUCUAGUAAGACAGAAUCAUUGGAAUAAAUCGCGAUUUAUUACGUCCCAUUUAUAUCGCUCGAGGAAUCAGGAUUAUUAUUUACGUGUUAUCAAUAAUCUCGUAAAAUUUAUAGAGAAAUUGCAGGAAGAGAAAGAUUGAAAAUUUUUGUCCGACACGAACAGCCGAUUUUGAAAGUUAGCGAAUAAGUAUAUGUAGCUCACUUCCUGGUUAUCGCGGCCAGGGUGGAGGCAGAUUAGAUACGACACUGGUCGUGACGCGGGCAGUGAUGCCGUAGUCAAGGAGACCGCAGCAGCAGACAACCAACACUCCGACCAGCCGUCGACAACAAAAUAUACAGGUUCGUCGGAGUGUGCUGCUCCGCUUUUCCACUUGUACGGUGGCCUGGCCGUCCGCGCGGUUUCCUGGGUGACAAGUACGCCGGUUCCUCGUACGGGAUAAAAGCCCGUGUUUCGGAAAUACGUGGGGGGAACGUACCCGUUCGGCCGCGCAAGUGCGCCCGGGCGUCGUGUCGAGAGUACACGCCAUUCAUGAAGACAGAUUCUUCUCUCCACAAACGGGGAGGUAGCAGCGGUGGUGAUACGGUGGGAGUAGAUAGAGGCGAAGGAGUGAUUGCCAUGACUACGACAGGAGCCCAAUAUGCCCUCGCAGCAUCCACCAGAGCUAACAACAGUGGGGGUGGUAGUACUACAGUGGGGAUGGAUCCUAAGCCAAGCGUCGUCGUCGUGACUACUUCCAGCUCCAGUGGCAGCGACAACACAGGACAGAGUCAGUCCAACAGGGGACAGCAACUUAUCACCGUCGUCGCCAACCCUGAUCCUUCCAGUCCAAAUAAUCUGCAGCCUAUACAGUUAUUGGUUCAGGAUCCGCUUGAGACAGCUGCAGAAUCUUCGAACGGUUCGACAAGUACUUCAGCGCAUGUUACAGCACAAGUAGUGGUGAACACGACCCAUACCAGUCAGCAUACUCUCGUCAACUCCGACUCCGCGUCCACCUCGACCGGCACCAUCGUCAGCGAGUCUCCGCACUUCAUCACAGUAACUGGCACCAGUGACUCGACAACGUACGCUUCUCUCACAACGGCAGUAGUGUCCGGCGAACCGGAGGCGGUCGUGUCCGAGACGGUGUCUCAUUCUACCUAUGUUCAAUACGUUGAGGGGGAUGGCUCCACGUAUAUACCGACGAAUGGCCAGAUGACAUAUCCUGUGUACGCUGUUGGAGAAACAGGAACGAUGUACACUUCUGCCUCUAACCAGUACUACACAGCAACGUCCACACCGGUGACUUACGCUCAGGUCUCUGGUCAAGGUACAAAUUCCACGACCGGACAAUUACUAUCUCAGGGCAAUGGCACAUACCUUAUCCAGCAGAGCGUGGUGGACGGUGACCCGGCGACACACGCGUUAAUAUCAGCGGCGACCGCGCGCGCCAGCCCGCAGGCAGAAAAUGCUGAAACUGUGGUUAGUGGGGGUGGAGGGACGUACUUGAUCAGCGGUAAUUCAGGAGGUACCGGUGUCACCGUGGAAGACGCCGCAGCCGCGGCUGCGAACAUGACGCAUGCAACUAGAGUAUCCCAAGCAACAGUGCACUGGUUGCUGGAGAAUUACGAGACAGCGGAUGGUGUCUCCCUUCCAAGAUCCACUCUGUACAAUCAUUACCUACGACAUUGUUCCGAGAACAAGUUGGAUCCCGUGAACGCCGCCAGUUUCGGAAAGCUGAUACGUUCCGUAUUCCUGGGUUUGAGAACCAGACGAUUGGGCACAAGGGGGAAUUCGAAGUACCAUUAUUAUGGUAUUCGCGUGAAGCCGAGUUCCCCUCUCGUGAUGCUGAACGAGGACGGCACGCCUCGUCAGCAGCAGAACUCGAACUCGCUAACGAAACGGGUCAGGUUCGCGAAACCGGACCACACGUACGACGCGACGCAUUCGCACACGAACGUCGCGUCGAACAAUUCACCGCAGUUUCACCAGUACCUCGGUGAAGCGAGCGGUGCGAUUCCAGAGUUCCCGGAAAUAAUAGUCGGCCACGGUUCGUCCCUGCCGGAAGAUUGCACGCUGGAGGACAUAGAUACGUUCCGCAGCAUAUACAGAGAACACUGCGAAGCGUUCUUAGACGCCGUUCUCAAUUUCGAGUUCGCUACUGUGGAAAGCCUUUGGAGAGAAUUUUGGCGUAGCCAAGACAAUAAUAACGGCGACGAAUGCGAGGAGGAGAAAUAUUUGUCGAAGACCAAGCUGUACCAGAUGUGCAAAUGUUCGGAGGUUCAAGAUUUCAUAAGGACAGUUGAUUACACGUUUUAUCAAAAUUUGGUAGAAGUAUUAAUGCCUAAUGUGUUGCGACCUAUACCGAGCACCUUAACACAAUCUAUUCGGAAUUUCGCGAAAGGAUUAGAAUCGUGGCUGACGUCGGCGAUGGCUGACUGUCCCGAGGAAAUGACUCAGAUAAAGUUGAACGCAGUUUCUGCGUUCGCUCAGACGCUGAGGCGUUACACGUCGUUGAAUCAUCUUGCUCAAGCUGCGCGUGCAGUGCUCCAGAAUUCUAGUCAAAUAAAUCAGAUGCUGGCCGACCUGAAUCGCGUCGAUUUUCAUAAUGUUCAGGAACAGGCUUCCUGGGUUUGCCAGUGCGAUUACGCGACGGUACAACGACUGGAAGCAGACUUCAAAGUGACGUUGCAGCAACAAAAUUCAUUGGAGGACUGGGCAAGUUGGUUGAAGAGCGUAGUGAUGCAGGUUCUCAAGCCGUUCGAGUCGAAACCGUCGUUCGCGAAAGCUGCUCGACAAUUUUUGCUCAAGUGGUCGUUCUACAGUUCCAUGGUUAUUCGUGAUCUCACCUUAAGAAGCGCAGCUAGUUUCGGUUCUUUCCAUCUGAUUCGGCUGCUGUACGACGAGUACAUGUUCUAUCUGAUCGAACACGAGGUCGCGGUCGCUACAGGGACAACGCCGAUUGCAGUGAUGGGCGAUAAAAGUCAAAACUGUUCUUUAGUUAAUGCGUUCGGUGCCACGUCGAACGGAGACACAUCAAACACUGAUCAACCAAAGCGUAUGAAACUAAGCUAACUGCGUGCCUACGUAAUUUAGUUUUGGAAAUAAUGCCAGUAGCACCUGAUAAUGAAUCGUUAGCACAAGAGCAUGCAGGCCUACUAACACACUAGUCUCAUAAAUUAUAAUUUUAUAUAUAUAUAGGACGAGAUCUUAUCGUAUUACGACUUAAAAGAAAGAAGAUUUUUGCAUAACGCCCAGGAUGUAUACAAUCUAAGUAAGUUUUGUGUGAUAUAUCGCGUAGGUAUGUACAUAUAAUACGUAUGUUAUGCAUUCUUCGUAUCAUAUGGAACCGUUGCGAGCGUAUGAUCCGAGGUGUCGUUGGUACGAUCUUUAAUAUGUAUCAUCUAGUCGAAACAUCUUUCAAAUACGUACGGGACCAUGAAUUUCUCAUGCCCUUGUAGUGCACUCGAUGUUGCAAGCUCACUCGACUGCGUGUUCUGACCAAAACUCUAACGCCUUGUUUUAAUUAAGAGACGAGAUAAGCAAUUGUUUGAUGUCUGGACAGGAUCAUGCCGUACUUUGUACCGUAACUUUUUAGUACCGUUAGGCAGCUGGGUCGAGUGAGCUUAAAAUAGCAAACGUCAAGUUUGUGCAGAAGGAAACGUACUCGAGAGGGAGACGAGACAAGUUUACCCUGCAUGCAUGUUCAUAUCGACGAAUUCUAUUUUGCACAAAUACCCGAGUAACGUUAUACGAAAUCCGCCCUGACGACGGUAUUGUCAAAAUGAAGUAAGUGAAACUAUUCCUAUAUCGGGGAGAGCGAGAGGGAGACGAGAGCAGAUGCGAAUUAGAUUAACUAAUUAUAUAUAUAACCGAACACGAGUUUUAGAUAUAUCUCCGACAUUCAUAUUUUUUAAACGCAAUUUAUUGAUUGUACAUCGAGCUAAAAGAAGGAAAAAAAAAUGAUGUUCUGUUGUGAGCCGUCUGUUACACUCUUAAUAUAUAUAUAUAGUAUAUAUAUAUAUAUUCUUUCAGUAUUUUUAAACGAAUAGUACAAAACAGCGACGGAUAGGGAUGACGAGACGGAAUCGUUUUGAUUUACUGAUAGAAUAUACGCUAUGAUUCUUAUAAAAUUAAAUGUAUAUACGCGAUAAACGGUGUGGCAGAGGAUAGAGAAUUGCAUAGUUGUUGAAAAAGUGAAAAACUGAAUCCAGAUGAAUAUGCAAACUGUAACGAUAUAGAAGCUCCGCGAGUGUCUUCGAACUUCGUGCUUCGCAUUUAUUAAUUAAUUUUACUACGUACUACGUGAAACUGCAAUGACUUUUUGUAUAUUUGUAGACACUCGGUGUUAAACUUGUCUCUCUAGUGAGGUAAACUAAAUUUUAAGUAAGUAAUUGUACAUUUCACGUUGCAUCUCUUUUUUGUUAUACCAUGUAUUAUUUUUACGGAAAUACGUUUUGUUUUUUUUUACGAACUUGUUUUCCUAACGCGAUACAUUACCAAAAGACUUAAUAUUUUUAUUUCUGUAGGCGCCUUAGUUCAGGGGAAGUAUACUCAUUCAAAACUUUG